GGAGAGCGUGUUAAGAGGGGAUUGACGAGAGCUUCGUUGCAGAUUCCGAUGAGGAGAAAAUCCAAAACCCUAAGAACGACGAUGACCGCAACGAGGAAGAAGAUGAAAGGGACAUUGACGAGGCACUUGCAGGUCCAGUUAGGGCAGGUUUCUCUCGCCCCUCUCCACCACCAACUUUCCUCUUCCACCGCCGCUUGCUUCCAAGACUUGCCUGAAUCUGAAGCAAUGGCGACGGUAAACGAUUCUGGCGCUCUCCCUUCCUCGUCUACUAACUUUGAGGACAGAGAUUUCAUUCUUAGUCAGGAUUUCUUCUGCACCCCUGACUAUAUCACUCCGGACAACCAAAAUCUGCUGAAUGGCGUGGAUUGCUACAAGGAAAGCACUCCUUGCCCCAAAUCUCCAGAGAAGAUUAAUACUGUUAAAACUAAGAGAAAAAUACGUGACGGUGUUUUAGUACAUCCUCUGAGUCCAAGUUUGUCUGGCCGUGAACAAGUUGUGGAGCUAGGAAAUGACACUUUUGGAACAGAUGAUGAAGAUAUGGAGAAAGAGACAAUGGCAAUGCCAAAGAAACAAAACUAUGUUUCUCAAUCUGCUGUUGCUUUACGCUGUCGAGUUAUGCCUCCUCCUUGCAUGAAGAAUCCAUACUUGAAUGAUGCUUCAGACAUAGGUGUAGACCCAUUUGGUAAUCAACGAACAAAAUGUGCAGAUUUUUUUCCCGCACUGUUUAGUGGAGAUGGUCUUUCAAGAUAUCACACCGAUUUUCAUGAGAUAAAGCAAAUAGGAACUGGAAAUUUUAGCCGUGUCUUCAAGGUAUUGAAGAGAAUUGAUGGUUGUUUAUAUGCUGUUAAACAAAGCACAAGAUCAUUGCAUCAAGACAUAGAAAGGAGGAGAGCUUUGAUGGAAGUUCAAGCUUUGGCAGCUUUAGGAUCUCAUGAAAACAUCGUUGGAUACUACUCUUCGUGGUUUGAAAAUGAGCAACUCUACAUUCAAAUGGAACUCUGUGAUUGUAGUUUAUCCACUGGCAGGUAUUCUCACCCGUUCUCUGAGGCUGAUGCACUGAAAGCCUUGCAUCAGAUUGCAAAAGCAUUGCUGUUUAUGCACGAGAAAGGAGUAGCUCAUUUAGACGUGAAACCUGACAAUAUUUAUGUCAAAGAUGGUGUUUAUAAACUUGGUGAUUUUGGAUGCGCUACUCUUCUUGAUAAAAGCCUACCAAUUGAGGAGGGCGAUGCACGCUAUAUGCCUCAAGAAAUUCUGAAUGAGAGAUACGAUUAUCUUGACAAGGUUGAUAUAUUCUCUUUGGGAGCUGCUAUUUAUGAGGUUGUGAGAGGUUCGACGUUUCCAGAAACACGUUUCAUGAAUCUAAAGGAGGGAAAAUUGCCACUCUUUCCUUGUCAUUCAUUGCAAUUUCAAAACUUAAUCAAGGCGAUGGUGGAUCCCGACCCAGCACGACGGCCUUCAGCUAGGGAAAUUCUUCAGAAUCCCAUAUUUGAUAAGGUCAGAAAUCAUCCAAAAUCAUAGGUCAACUGUGGGUUAGUGUGUUUAAUCACUUGCAUUAGCCAGCUAUUUUUGUAAGAUUUCAAUCACCACUUUCCCAAGUUCAUGCAUCAAAUUUUGUCUCUAGCAUGGUGCAAAUUUUGUAAAUUCUCUAUGAUAAUAUUGUAUCAUAAACUCGUAAAUGCAAGUUAACGAAAGCUCUUUCAUUUCCAAAUA